AUGGCAAUACUUUCACAUUCCACCAGGUAUAUUUAAAUCUUCAUAUUUACUAAACUAGACAGAGAAUGCCCUGGAUUUCAAUUUGUGAUACCAGUUUAAGACCUUACUACAAAUGGGUCGAAAGAGGAAUAUACAGUAAACUUGAUAGAUUAUGAUAUAAAAAUUACCUAUAACAUCUAGACUCAUAUUUAAACACUGCACUAAAAAAAAGUUAAGUCCUACAAUUUUCAAGAAAAUCUUGAACUAUUCAACGAACUAAUCUCUCAUCAAAAGAAUUUUGUCUAUUCAUUGUAUAUGGCUGUAAGAGAACUAUAGCGAGAAGAUUACAGCAUUUAAAUCACCUAUAUGAGCUACUAAAAAGUGAUCUUAUUGAUCAACAAUACUUUGAAAAUGUCAUUCUUGCUGAAUUUCUCAAGAACUGAAAUGACAAAGAUCCUAAUAACACCUUCGAUAGCUUCUCUUAAUUGCUUCUUAGCUUCUAAAUUUAUGAAAGCAUUGUAAUAUGAAGACGUAAAAAUAAUCAAAUAGAUCUUUACAAUAUACCUUUAUGAAUUCAUUCAAAGCUAUAAAGUAUUUCAAAUGAUCUUUGAGUUAUAGAAUACUUUAGAUUCUCUGAGAAAAGGUCCCUAAGUUGAUAAUAUAGCUUAUACUUUUGACUUUUAAUAAACUUAAUUUCAUAACUAACUCACAGAUACAAUGGAUACCUCAUUCGAAUAGUAAAAUUAACUUGCUGAUUAUAAGAAAGAGCUUAUUAUGAUCGUGAAUUAUAGAAAAUUUUAUUAGGUAGCAUUCAAGAUUGAUAAAGUAAACAAAAAACUUUGUAUUGCAGAUUAUGCGAAGCAGACUUAUUAUUAUCCUGAUGAUCAUAAGUUACUUUUAUUUAUUCCUCAUGGAUCUGGGUUAGCUGCAUGCUUGUAAGAACUUAUUGAUAAGAAACUCUAAUUAACUACAAAUGACUUUAUAGUAUUUGGCGAAAGAUAUGGAUUAAAUGAGGAGAAAACCGAAUUUCUCUUCAAUGUCUCUUUAGACCAUAUGGAAAUAGUUCAAUUGAUUUGCGAGACUGUUUUUGACUAUAUUGGAUGCAUUUAUUUGAUGAUUAAGGUAAAGCAAAUACUUCAGUUGAAGCAUAUGAAAAAAUUAGAGAGCAUUAACAAAGUUGAAGCUAAAUUCCUUAUAGUUGAGGAGCCUAAAUAUACAGGGAGAAUAUGUACAGUUAUCUAAAAUUAUCAAUUCAAAUUAAAGCUAAUGCUAGAAUCAAGCAAUGAAUUAAUAAACAAUUUAGUUGAGCAGUAUUUCCACAUCAAGCUUUAAAGAUGCUUCUAUAAUUACAAAGCACUCAAAGGUAUGGCAGGAAUCUUACUGACUAAGAUAUUUACACAUAUAUAUGUUUAUGAGUUAAUGUACUUUGAAAUAAACAGAGAUCAAGGUAGGCCUUUCCUCACAAAUCAUUCCUAACAAGCAGAGCUUGACUAAUUAGUUCCUAGAAAGAAGUUGGAUAUUGAGAUAGCUCUUGAAAAUAUAGAUUUUUAAAAUGGAAGAGAAUUUGUGAUUAAGUUCAUCGACCCUAGAACUAAGAAAUAUAAAUUCAUUAAGUUUGUAGAAACUACUAAUGAAGGAGUAUUUAGUCCAGAGAAUUUCCAAAAUCCUGACUACAAUAGAUAUAUAUAAUAGCAACAGACGAAAAAAUUUUUGCAAAGAAUAUGUUUCUUAAUGACAAUUGAACUUGAUGAGUUAUACUGA